AUGAUGGGCCACUCGGACAUGCUUCAGUGUGUCCGAGCGCAGAUGUGGGUCCUCUGCUCAAACAUCUGUCUGUGUGGAGUGACGUGGACGACUCGAAGAACAAACACCAUGUGUUUCUCCUGCCGCACAGCGUCCAAACUCAACACGCUACAAUCAAAGCGCAAGGAUGAGGGCAGCAAAGAGGCUUGUGGCAGUGAGAACCCAGACUGGUUUUAA